AUGAAACUGGGUGGGACUGUUCAUCUGCUGAAGAGUAGGAAGGCCAUACAGAGGGAUCUGAACUGGCUGGAUCGUUGGGCUGAGGCCAAUUCUAUGAAGUUUAACAAUGCCAAGUGCUGGGUCCUGCACUUGGGUCACAACAACCCCAGGCAGUGCUACAGGCUCAGGGAAGAACGGCUGGAAAGCUGUCUGGCAGAAAAGGAUCUGGGGGUGUUGAUUGACAGCCAGCUAAAUAUGACCCAGCAGUGUGUCCAGGUGGCCAAAAAGGCCAACAGCAUCCUGGCUUGUAUCAGGAAUAGCAUGGCCAAGCAGGACCAGGGAAGUGAUUGUGCCACUGUACUCGGCCCUGGUGAGGCCCCACCUUGAAUGCUGUGCUCAGUUUUGGGCCCUCACUACAGGAAAGACACUGAGGUGCUGGAGCAAGUCCAGAGGAGGGUGACAAAGCUGGUGAGAGGCCUGGAGCACAAGUCCGAUGAGGAACGGCUGAGGAAACUGGGGCUGUUAAGCCUGGAGAAAAGGAGGCUGAGGGGAGACCUUAUCGCUGUCUACAACUACCUGAAAGGAGGUUGUAGCAUGGAGGGUGUUGGUCUCUUCUCACAAGUAGCAAGUGAUACGACAAAAGAAAAUGGCUUCAAGUUGCGCCAGGGGAGGUUUAGAUCAGAUAUUAGGAAAAAAUUCUUCACAGAAAGGGUUGUCAAGCAUUGGAACAGGCUGCCCAGGAAAGUGGUGGAGUCACCAUCCCUGGAUGUGUUUAAAAGGUGUUUAGAUGAGGUUCUUAGGGACACAGUUUAG